AUGGAAACCGACGUCAACAUUUCAGAAACGCUGACAGCUAUGGAGACGGACAGCACACAUAUCGCACAAUGUGAGCAUAAAAUCAAAAACAUCGACUGGAUCUCGUGCAAAGACUUCACAAUCGAGAUCGGAGAGCAACAGAUCAGACGAUACAUGGACACAUUGGAGAUACAGCAGCCCGGCUGGCUCUACAGUCUGAGGUUUCUCCAGGAGACCGAGUUGGAGUUUAAAACGCAGUACCAGUACGAAACCAAAUGGAGCAUCCCGACCCGAACCGCCCCGAUCCCCAGAGCCACAGCCAGCGUGUAUUUCAUCAUAGAAAUCUCCAAAAUCCGACCAAACACACUGCCUGUGGACGUUCACUUCCUCGUCGAAACAAACAGAUCCAAACAUAUUCCAGGACAGACGAGGUUCAGGGAAAAGUGGCUGAUGGAUAUCAUUGAGAGCAAGAGGGUAAGAUGA